UUCACAUGGCGUUGGAGAAGGUAUUAUCAAAUGUAUCGACGAAGAUGGAAAUGUACUGGAAGUAAAGUUGACAGAAGUUCUUUAUUUACCGACAUUAGAUAGUGGUUUGAUUUCGGUACGAAAACUGAUGGAAAAAGGUUUUCGAGUGAAUUUCGUUGGGUCACGAUGUUUUGUAGCGAGUGCAGCUGGUAAAACGAUUGCAUUGGGAGAAAUGAACGGAAAAUUGUUUGUGCUGAAAACAGCUGAAUACGCAAAAAUCUGCAAUGAUAUGCAGCAUCUGCCACUCUGUCAACACGCGUGGCACCGGCGCUUUGGUCACCGAGAGCCAAGUGUUCUAGAUAAACUGAAACCAGAUAAUCUCAGUGUUGGUUUCAAAAUGGAAGAUUGCGGAAUGCGACAGAUUUGCGAAAAUUGUCUGAAAGCAAGGGUUUCGGACGAUCGAAAACACGACUGUACUCAACGAUUAUCAAGAAGGAAGUAAGUAUAUUCUUUUUUUUCAUUUCGCUUAAUCCUAUUCUUUUGUUUCUACAAUUGGCAGCACUGUAGGUUGACAAAUAUAUCGACCAUGUAUUAAUAUUGUGUAGGUAUACACAUCAGCUCUUCCCUUAUUAGAGUUUUGCUUAUAAUAUUUACAUUAUAUUUUUAAAUAUUUACAUUACAUAUUAUAAUUUUAUUGUUCUAAUAAACAAGUUCAGAAUGGACUUAUUCAUCCAAAAUAAUUCAUCAAUGUUUUAGAAAUGAAUAUAAAUAUCCGAAAUUCAUGUUCAGAAUGGACUAAUGUCCGAAAUAGUUGGUGUUACUAAAUUUAUCAAUCAAAGAAAUAAUCAGGAUCAUCUUUCCGCUUUCGAGGGCGCUUUGAGCGUCUUAAAUAGCCUCCCGGCAAGUUCGCCGUUGAAGCUUUCCU